AUGGUGAUGCCGCCCCGCUCCUCAUCGUCCGGCAUGCGGAGCAUCCGCCGGGAGCUCCAGCGCAGGAGGCCCAAGCCCUUGGCGCCCACGAGGCCGGCCGCCAAGAAGCCCUCCGCGCCGCCACAGCCGCGUGAAGCUGCGCGCGACAAGGUCCAGGAGACACGCCCUCGUCCGCCGCGCGUGGAGGAUCCGUCUUCGACUACCUCCCAGUCCCGAGGCUCCGCCGGCACCACCCACGCGCCGCCACCGCAUCGCCCUCGGCCUGACGCUCCGCCGCGCUCUUCUGUUGCCUCUCCCUCUACGCCACCGCCGUCUCGGUCCAGCGCCUCCUCGACCGGGUCCGCGUGCGCAGCCACCCCCGGCGUCACCGCGCACCUGAAGCCCGGCACGGCGGUUCUUGUGCGCACGAGGACCGCGAUACAGGCGAUGGGAAAAGCCGUCGUGCUCUGGCUCCCCGCGACGGUCGUGCAGCCCACCGAUGGAGGCUACGAGGUCGUCUACAAGGGCAAGUUACCUCGUGAAGACCCCUACGCCACCGUCCACAUCGCGCGUGACCACGUCAGGGUGCAGAAACCGUCAACGACGACUCCGCCGCCGUCCCAGCCGCCAUCCAGCGCCGCCAGCUCCUACGCGUCCGCCACCACCACCAUGGCCGCCGCAUGCAAGAGUUCGGAGAUGCAUCCCGCGCCAAGGCCGACCACGGCGGGGAAGUCCCUGCGCCUCGUCCGCAACCUCGCGUCCGAGAUGGAGCGCCAGUCCCGGGCUGCCUUGUCGGGAUACUAG